AUGGCGGCUGCCGCGAAAUCACUCUCUCGCGGCGCCUUCAUCCUCUUCGAAGGCGUGGAUCGGUGCGGGAAAACCACCCAAGCGAGUAAACUCGUGGAAAGCUUGAACCAAUCGGGAGUGGCGAGCGAGUUGUGGAGAUACCCGGACCGAACGACGACGAUUGGAAAAAUGAUCGACGAUUACUUGCAGUGUAAAGCAGAUAGCGACGACGCGUCCAUGCACUUGUUAUUCGCGGCCAACAGGUGGGAGAAGAAAAAAAUGAUGGAGGAAAAGUUGCGAGCGGGCGUGACGCUCGUCGUGGACCGGUACGGGUACUCCGGCGUCGCGUUUACUUCGGCGAAGAAAUUACCAGGUUUAGACCAACAGUGGUGCAAACACAGCGAAACUGGCUUGGUGAAACCAGAUUGUUUGAUGUACAUGGAAAUCAGCGAAGAUGCGGCGAAAAAGCGAGGUGGAUUCGGCGAGGAAAGAUACGAAACGACCGAGAUGCAAAAAAACGUUCGAGAAGUUUUCGCGGAUUUGCGAGAGGAUUGGUGGAACGUCGUCGACGCGGACAGGACGAUUGAAGAGGUCCAGAAAGACGUGCAAACAAUUGCCAAAGAUGCCGUGGAGAGGUGUAAACGAGGGAAAGAGUUGGAACAUUUCGAGCCUGGAUGGUAA